AUGGACGUGGAUAGAAUAUUGAGCGGCUAUGACAAAAGUGCGAGAGCCGAACAAAUAAAACAGUAUCAGGAGCCCAAAGCAAUGAAGCUGGGCCCCACUGUUGGAAGGACAGUAGAAGUCAACUUGGAGCGCAACAUGGAUAUCGGACGAGCUUUCCGACAAUUGGAGAUGACAUGCGCGAGGAACAACGUGCGCAAAGAUAUGAUGAAACAGAGGUUCCACGAACGACCUGGCAUGAGGAGGAAGAGACUAAAGAGUGAGCGUUGGAGGAAGAAUUUCAGGAAGAACUUCUCAGGCGUUGUGCAACUGGUGCAGAAGAUGAAGAGACAAGGGUGGUAA